AUCGUGGUUACGGUGUUCCUUACAAUUCAUCAAGAUGUUUUGCGCCACACCUUAUAGUGAUAGUUUUCUUGUUUGUACUAUGCAAGGUUUAUACAAGAUACCGGCUUUGGGCUCAGAGCAUGUAGGCUGUGUCCACUGGGCAUGGCAUAGCUAGCUCAAUGCGGGCGUAAAAGCCCCCAUGCUUCGGACCCCAGGGCUCUUUCACUAGGUAGAAAACAACAAACUAGUUAUUAAACAAACAUUAUCUACCUUCUAAGGCAAUAAUGGCUGCGGCGGGCGUAGACGAUAGACGACCUGCGUCACCGUCUACCUUAAUGCGUGAAGCGAUUACCACUGGUAAUACGUAUGCGCUCCAGCAGUUGAUUGCAGCUUACCCUUACCAUAUCGACGGAACGCAGCAGUCAGCCGACCAGGCUCCAAUCCUCACAGCAGCACUUCUCGGACAAACGCAAUCGGUGCAGUUACUUCUCAAUAGCGGCGGUAACCCAAAUAGACGUGGUAAACGCCAUGAAACAGCGCUCAUGCUCGCCGCGCAACGCGGGCAUGUCGAUGUCGUCAAUUCGUUGCUUGUCCGCGGUGCAAUGCUGACUGCCGUGGACGGCCGGGGUUGGACCGCGCUUCACUUUGCAGCAUUCGCUGGCCACGCAGCUGCAAUACAGGCACUCUUGGAUCCCAGCGUUGCUAUGCGUGGAGAACUGCUGGAGAUGCGCAGCAUUCGUGGCGAAACAGCGUUGGCCCUUGCUGCAUUCGGUCGCAAAGAUGAAUGCUGUCGCGCGCUCCUGGAGGCCGGCGCUCAGGCAUCCCUCGUGGACGACGCAACCGACCGCGACUAUGCACUCAAAAUUGAGCAGGACAUUAUCCGCAAGCGUGCCAAGGCCAGCCGCAAAGCCGGGCGCAAGGGAGCCGCCCAUGGCAACAAAGACAGCAGGAAUGGCAAGGGCGGCCUGGCGGUGCCCGAACAGGCAGUUGACCAGCAUGUCGUUGAGGAGGAGGAUCCUGAGCAGCUGGAGUCCGCAGAACCCACAGUUCCCGCAGUUGAUGUGCUGCAGCAGUCGAACUCGUUUGAGGUCAUAUCCGUCCACCCUGCACGGCCUGUAGGAGAGUUCUCCGGUUCGCCGUCGGAGUACGAGAGGUUCACCGCAUUACAUGACGCCAUGGAUGGCGAAGCUGCAGCGCAUAAGGCGAGGGGCACUGGCGACACCGCAGCACAACCGGGCGCCGAUACGGACAUGGAUGCGAGCUGGCACUUGCAUGAGCUCGACCAUCGCGGAAUUCCGUUGCUGCAUCACCGACCCACGGGUCUCCUGUUCACAUCCGUGCCCGAGGACAGUUUCCCUCACCUGGUGGGCGUGAUGGGCAGCCGGGGCACCCCUCGCUGGCUGGAGGAGGGAGACCUGCCGCUGCUUAAGGCAACGCCGCAGGCGCAUGAGUACCUGGCCGCCACCGUCCCGGCCGCCGGGCUGCUCCUCUGGGGUCUGAGGGUGUUGCCCGAACCCAUGCUGCGGCUCUGCCUGCUGCUAGGGCUGCACGAGGUUUCGGAGCUACGAGAUCUAAUCCUGUUGGAACCAGGAACCGUACCCUUCCAUAUGGCCUGGGAGACGGCGGGCCUGCCGCUGCACAACAUAUACGAGCUACGGCGGGAGUUGAGGAUUGAACUGUUGAGGGCUAACGGUAACAACGGUUUUAGCGGCAACGGUGACGCUAACGACCAGCAGCCACCGUUCGGCAGCCAUGUGCCGGGAGGCGGGGUUGCUCGGGGUCAGGGCGGCGUUGCUGGAGGAGGAGGCGGAGCAGGGGGAGCUGCUGCAGCAAUGAUGAAUAUGAGGCGCAACGGUCUCAGUGAGAGCGGUUGGUCGUUCCCAUCUCCAUCGGAGCACGGGGAUACGGAAGGAGAAGGAAAAGGCGCUAGUGGCGGCGGCGGAGGGGGUGGUGGAGGAGGUGUCGCAGGCGCCGUCGCUGCAAAGGAGGAUCUGGACGCCCAUGCAGGUCCCCUGCCGCUGGAUCUCACCGGAGUGCCGUUGGUGCAGCACCUGCUGGAGCGCUACGGCCUGGCCAAGCUGUUGCUCAAGAUCGCCGAGCUCAAGAUCACAUCGGCGGAUGAUUUGCCCAUACUGUCCACGUGGGGCCGUACGGUGGGCGGCACGACGCCCGUUGCAACUGCAGCGGGGAACGCUUUCUCAAGGGGAAACACGCCAGCUCUGGGCCCUUGGGAAUCCUCCCGGCUGGCAAAGCUGCUGCGCGAUCUGCCCAGACUGCUAGAGGAGCAGCAGAAGGCCAAGGACCGGAACAUAGCCAAGGAGGCUUUCGGUCAGACUCUAGAAGCCUUGCAGCAAAAACGCCGGCGUAGCGCCCUGUCGAGACCGUCCCGUGGGUCACUCGUCAUGUUCGAGGACAUCCAUGGCACGGAGGCCAUUGUGGUCAGCAGCCCUGGAGGCAAGAGCAACGCAAAUGAUAACGAUGGCCGCGGAGCCAUUCGCGUGGCGGUUGUCCUGGAAGUUGGCGGCGAUACCGGCGAUAAGUAUAUCGUACGAGAUCUGGAGUCUGACCGGAUCCUAACUCUACUUGGGGGCCAUCUGCAGCGCGUACGUCCCUCCGACGCGGCGAAGUAUAUCCGACGGCCGGAUUACCUCCCGCCUACCUCUCCUGGCGUGCCGGUAACGCCGUACAGUGCUGCAAAAGGGCUAUUGGUGACCCGUGGGUCGUCAUGGGGCCGUGGGCCGUCUUACGAUGGGUACGGCGAUGGCAUUGUGGGCGAACUGGUGGGGCCGGAGGAGGGUGAGGCGGAACUGGAAGGCAGUGGCGGCAGCGGUCGGUCCGCGCGGUGGUUGGUGCGGUGGCCGGACGGUCGUGUGCACGGCUACUCGUUGGGUCACGGGGACGCUUUCGAGUUGUCUUUCCUGAAUCUCCACUGGCGCUCAGGUGCUCCCAUCCUUGACUCCCACCGCGGUCUGCUGCUGCCGCCGGGGGAGGUGGCGGUGCUUCCGGUGUCCCGGUGCGCGCUGUGGACAGAGGAGGCGCAUGACGGGCUGCCGGGCUCCCCCGGCUCCGCGCUGCUGGACCGCACCACCGCCUCCCUUACCGUGGACUGGCUGCGCGACCUGCACUUCCCGCGAACCUACAUGCCCGACCCCGCCGCGGGAGGCUCCUAUCCGCUGGUGCACGCCAUGAUGGCGGGGCAGCCGGUGACGGUGUUCACGGCGCGAGUGGGGGCGAAGGUGGAGACUGCGGGGGCCUCCCCCAGCAGCCCAGUGCUGGCCGGGCCGCACUUCUACCACAAGUACUACACCACCUGGAACGUAUCCGGUCCGGAGCUGGGGGGGCAGGGCACGCUGCUCGCGCCACUGCGAUUGGAGGAAGACGGGCUGGUGGUGGUGUGGCUGGUGUCCUGGCCCAGCCUGGGGCGCCAGGAGGCCCGUGUGGCGGUGGACCCCGCGCGCUGCGACCUGGUGUUCGCCCCCCUAGCGGACACCCCGCAGGCGCGCAGCAACAGGCGGAAGCACGAGCACUGGCACCACCAGGGUGCUGAGGGGCGGCUGGUGCGGCUGAACCCAUCACAGUUGGGGCUGCAGCCCAACGUCAACUCGGGCCCGCUGCGAACCGCGGGUCGCGACAUGGUAGGCGUGGUGCUCCGCGAUCUGGGCCCAGGCGUGCACUGCGGGCUGCUCGUACGAGUACUCGGCGGUUGUACGGCUUUCUGGUACGACGAAGACGUGCUACUGCCGUUUUCGACGGUUGAGUUGAGCCGCCGGUUGCCGCCGGCGGCGGCGGCGGCACUCGCCUCUGGCAACGCUGCCGUUCCGGUCAUGGACUGUACGGCAAUACCUGGCAUGCUCGUACGGCGAUGCUAUGAUGACGGCGCAACGCUCAAGUGCAGUACAAAGGAGCAACAGAUCGGCAUGUUGGUUGCUAACGUGGCUGCCAACCGUUGGUUAGUUCGUUGGCCUGAUGGUCAUUCGUCUAUUUACCAUACGGGAUCUGGAUCCAAGUUUCAGCUGUCGUACGUUUGCGAGCACCCUCAGGCAGGAGCGCCGCUAGCCAUGCCUUGCUCGUUGGAUUCGUCAGCCCUAACGGAAACGGCUGUCGUACCGGCGUUCGACUGCUGCGUGCCGCUGGGAGAUGGACCUCUGGGAGAGAGCGACGUGCUGUCGGUCGGCGGCUCGGCACUGCAGGUGGACGAGCAAGACAAGAUCCGCCUGUUGGCAGUGGAGAGGAUGCCCGUGACGGCUGGCGCUGCUGCCCGGCAGCUCCGCUACUACGCAGGCGGCAUGUUCCGCCUAUUCGAGCUGGCCCACGCUGCCAUUCCGGGGGAGCCCGUCACCGUCUUCACCGCCAAGCAGGGCCUGAGGGUGGUGCUUUACCCGCCGGAGAUGCAGGGGGCGGCAGGAGGAGCCGGAGGAGGAGCGGGGGCCCAUGGUGCUGGAGCAGGAGGCGGCACAGCAGGCGCAAGGGUGUCAUUUACCUCCGCUGCUGGUCGCGGAGGAGCAGGAGUAGCAGCAGGAGGUGGAAAGCCGCAGUACGGCACGCUGACCAGGCCUGUGCGGCUGGGAAUGAUGGGGCUCACCACUCGGUCCAGCACCGGCAGUGUCAUCCCCGCCACAGCGGCGCUGCUGGCCCCGCCGCCCCGCCGCCCCGCCAGCGCGACCCGCAUCCGCCGCCCGGAGUCCGCUCGCUCCCUUGCAACAGAGACCUCCCUCUUCAGCCUGGCAUCCCCGGCAUCUGCUGAUGGACAGAAUGACCUGGCCGGCGGUGGUGUUGUUGCCGGGGGGAUGUACGACGUGGACCAGUCAUCAGUGUGGUGGGAGGUGGCUUGGGACGCGGGCAACGUGUCGUCGUUCGUGAUUGGCGUUUCACCCGGCGUGACGGCGUUGCGGAUUGCCAAGCAGAAGGGCUUUAAGACUCCCGCGCAGCCGCCCUCCCGAGGGGAUGCGCCUGAGGACCGGCACCUGCGGAUUCACGACCCGGUGCUGCACCGACCCGUGAAGGGGCUGCAGAUCGUAGAUGACUACAUCUUAACCAUGGCAUCAAACCUCGAUACCGCUGUCUGUGCGCUCAACACCACCAGCCAACGUCUCGCAGCCCUCUGGCUGGCGGCGGCAGAAUGCGAACCGUCGGCGCCGUACCGAGUCGUCGUACAGCGCGUCCCCAUGCACGGCGACACGAUCCUGCUUGGCGUGGGAAUGGCGGCGUCCAGCAGGGCCAGUGGCAUUGGCGGGAAAGAGGACGGACCCACGGGUCACUUGCGGGCUGAGCUGGCACAGGAGCUGCUGGAGUCCUGUCGCAGUACGGAUGAGGAACUGGCGGCGGCGGCUGCAAACCUUCAGGCGGUCCUUCGGGGCUCGCCUCAUCUGGAUUUGGAAGCCCAGCGCGCCUCCGAGACAGCCGCCAUGGAACGCCGCGUGCGUAGGGAGCAGCGGCUGCUUGCCGGCGCGGCCCUCACGGAUGACGGCAGCGUCGCCAGCGGUGUCGACGGCGCCGCCGCCGCCCCCAUGACGACGACGUCGUUGUACGACGAUUGCUCCGACAUCGACAACUACCAGGGCCGUUGGAUUCUGACUGGGGCCUCCUUUGAGGAUGCCGCAGAUGACGCCGUGGUUGGACUCAAGGUGGUGAUGAUGAAGAUGCCGACGGAUGGUGGCGGCAGUGCGGACGGCGGCAGUGCAGACGGCUGGCCGCCGCUGCCGCAGUUGGUGCCGACGGGGCCCUGCAGUCGGUUUGUGACGGGGGCGGUCCAGCGCUUUAAUAAGGCCCUGGAGGCGGCUCAGGAGGAUCUGGACCGAGCGGUGCAGGGCUUGCUGAUGAUGGCGGACCCGGAGGAGGCUAAGAUGCUGCGGAAGGCGCCGCUGCGGUACCACGUGUCGGUGCUGCCCCGCGCCCCCGGCGCCGCCAUGCCGCUAAAGCACCUGCUGCUGGGUCCCCGGCGGCAGUCCAGCGAUACGGACCCGCUGCUUGUGCAGGAGAUGCUGGAAACCUUCCAUGCGUUUUCCCUAGGCCUGACGGUAGCGAAGACGCAGGAAGGGGACUAUGGCGGUGGCGCAGUACGAGGAGGAGCAGGAGCAGCCGCAGGAGGAGGCACGCCGUUGGGACCGUUGGCAGUUGCGGCCUUGGAUCUGGUUCCGGAGGUACGUGGCGCCUCGAUCCGGGCGCAUGAGGCCAUGAACGCUUAUGCGACUGCGCAAGCGACGGAGUGGCGGCGGCAAAUUGCGGAAAUGUACGGAAGUAGCGGUGGCAGUGGAAGACCGUCGGGAGUGACGACUUCAACGGCGGCGGCAACGGCAGCGCCGGGCGGCAUCAGCAUUGGCGGCGGCGGCGGAUGGAGUCGCGUCAGCGGUGUGGAGGCUGCAGCGAGUGAGGCGGCGAGCGAACUCAUCAGCAGUGUGGGAGGUAUCGGCAGUGGCGCGAACCCCUCUGACACCACGCGAAGGGGCGUGUGGAACGGCCUGAUGCUGGGGUUCUCAAGGCCGCCCUUGUUGGUGGUCCAGGGCGGUGUCAGUGUGGGCGACGUGGAGGGCGUCGUGGAGCCCUCCGAGGAGGCCACCAGUCUGACUCCCAGUGAGCUCGCCGCGCGCUUCAAUGACGCGCUGCUACAGCUGUGGCGAGGCGCGGGCCGAGUUAACGGCUGCGGCGGUACGGCGCGGGUAUCGGAUGCGGUGGUUAAGAUCUACAGCUACAUGCACUCAGAGGUUGCAAAGGCAGUGGAGGACUUCGGCCGGAAGUUCGAGGAGGCCAACAGGCCUCCACCGCCACCACCACCACCACCACCACCGCCGCCUCAGGUCGAAGAGGUGGCACCUCAGGAGGCACCCAAGCCGGGCACUGCAGAUGGGGGUGCCGGCGGACAGGAAGGAGGCGCCGAGCCGGGGCCCGAGGGUGGUGCAGCAGCAGCGGGAGGAUCCGACCCGGCACAGGCAGCAGGGGAGCAGCAGAGUCCACAACAGCAGCAGCAGGAGGGACAGACGCCGUCUACAGCUGGUGCUGCUGGGCAGGACGCGGCAUCUGUGGCAGUGCCCGCACCCAAUGGCGAGGGCGAGGGACCUGCAGCCGCUGCCCGACCCGACGGAGCAGCAGCAGCAGAGGGGAUGUACGGCAGCAGCGGUGCGGGCGCUACUGCCCACGUGGGCCUCCCAGCUCGAAACAGCGCCAUGCUGGGCCCUUCGGCGGAAAUCGUGUUCCGCCCCGUGUUCGUACAGUCGGGCCGAGAUCCAACGCAUAGCCAAAACCAGAUCCAAUUACACGUUGCAGUGCUGUUAAAGGAGUAUGGCCGACGUGCGGUACAACCCCCUCCCGAGGUGGAUGACGUGAUCAUGCGGCCUGACAUCCGCGCGCUCAUGGAGCCCUUGGAGCAGCUGCUCGACGUGAUGAACAACGGGCUGGCAAACGCGUACCGCGCACUCCGCAACAUGCACUCGGACGCCGAGCUCCUCGCGCCGCUGCUUGGCGAGCCCAGCGGCACUCCAUUGCUGCGUGGCUGGCGGGACGGACCCACGGGUCUGCACGCUGUGGCGCGCCGGUACGGCCCCCGCGCCGAGAACUUGCUGCGGGCCAACCUGCGCCAGGUGUCCCGUCACUCGACCAUCUUGGAAGCCUACCGGGCGGUGUCUAAGCUGCUGGUGGAGGGGCUGCAGGACGCCGCCGCUCGGCUCUCCGAAAUCUUGGAGCCUAUAUCCGUGCCCUACCACGCGGCACGUAUGGUGAAGCAGGCAGAAGCAGCAGCGGCUGCGGCUGCCGCAGCGGCAGCAGCAGCAGCGGCCGAGGCUGCUGCAGCGGCCGAAGCAGCAGCGGCAGCCGCUGCCAGAGUGGCAGCAGCGGAGAAAGAAGAACUCCGGCUGCUCGCUGCCAUGCGCGAGAGGGCCGCCGCCAAGUCCCCCUCACCCAGCGACCCCUCACCCGGCCCCACCGCCACUCGGGCCCCUUCCCAAAGCAGCACCUCCUCCUCCUCCUCACAGUACUCCGGCAGCGGCAUCACCGCCCUAGUGGCGUCCUCGUCCACCUCACCACUGCACGCAGACACGGUUGCGGAAGCCGCGCCAGCUGCUGCCCAGGCCCGCGCGGCGGCAGACGCAGCAGCAGCCCCGCUGUCGCCAGCUACACCACUCAUGCCAGCGACGCCUGCAGGGGAUGAAGGUACCGGUGACAGGGAAGCAGGUGGAGGGGCGGCUAGGAGCAGCACCAGCAGCAUCCACAGCCACGGCCACGGCCACGGCAGCAGCCACCGCAGCCCCAGGGCGCCAAGCAGCACUGGCUCCUUCAAAACGCCCGUGGUGGCGUUGAUGGGGCGUAUGGAGCGCACCAGCGAAGGCGGCGUCAGCAGCAACAGCCCGGUCCUCGGCAGCAGUCUCAUGAGCACGCCGCCCACGGAUAAGCGCCCCGGUGCUGAGGGGACGACGGCUGUGGUGGCUGCUACAACUCCGGAUAGUGGCCUAAGUCCAGGAACGGUGGUUACUCGCGCGUCGACUCCGGGAGUUGGGGAGGCGAGGGAGGCCAUUGCGGCGGAUGAGAGCCUGUGGGGCGAGGGAGAGAAGGGAGGUGCGGACAAUGACGCUCUGAUCAGUUUUGAUGAGGACGCUGUGGGAGCCGCCGGGCUAGGAGACCAAGUGGUUGCCGAUAUCGUAGUUGUCGGAGGCCUGCAGCAGGAGGCCGGCAAGGAGGGCAACGGCGGCAGCGCUAACGUGGCAGACACGGUUGAUGGACUGGCGGGCUUGCCCAGGGAGGCCCUUUCCUUCGUCUACGAUGAUGACGACGAGGGCAAGUAUGAGAUUGACGACGAGGAGGAGGAGCCUGCCGGGAAGAGGACAGUAGGCCCGGUGGUGGUGCGGGCGGGCAACAGUGGCCCUACAACUCAGGGAGGGAAGGGCGGUGGUGGUGGCGUGAAGACGGCUGCCGGCAGCAGCUUUGCAAUGUCCGAGCUCAGCGAUGUGGCUUCGGAGCUGGAUGAGAAGGAACUUGAGAAGGAGUUGGGUGACUUGGAUGACUAAGGCAGGCGGGAGAGUGGCAAUUAUAAGGCAUGCAGGCAGGCCGGCAGGCGGAGAGAUGCAGGGUGUGGAAGGGAGAAGCAGGCUGGGCUUGGAGUAUGGUGGCGUGCGCUAGCGUGCGUGCCCUCCUAUUGCAAAAGUGUAUGUAUUAUUGUAUGAGCAACGUGCAUGAGCAAAGACGGCGUUUCACUAUUGCUUACAAGUUUGAAGGGUGUUCAGCUUGCCGUGGGAUGCUGUGGUUCAGUGACUCUCGGGAAGAGUGAGGAGGCAGGGCAACCAAGACUUGCCAACGCUUUACAAGGCAGUGAUGCGUUUGGUAAGGGCAAUUGCAGAUGGUUUCUCCUAGCGGGGCUUACGGUUGCUGUCAAAUGACAUCGCGUAUAGCAACAUCCAUCUCAGGGACUUCCUGGGGUGGGAUACACUGUGUGUUUAACGUUGCGUGCAUCAUGAUGCGGCUGCUCGGCACGUUUCACGGCUUACGACACAUGACAAACUUUUGCUGUCAGCCGCCACCGUUGCGGCACCACUGCUACUGAACACUGACAUCAGUGCCUGUGGUUUCCAUGCUUGCUUUCGGAGGCACAUUACGCCUCUUUUAUGCGGGCAUCCCUGGUUUCCCCUGCAGGGGUUGUGCUGGCAUCUGAGCGUAACAUGGGAUAGCUUCACGAAUGCUGGUCUAGUGCAGCGGCUUUGUGCGUGUCGUACAGCCCGCGGAGCAUGAUGGCUGAUCGUUGCAUCUUAACAUGGCGUGCUUUGCCCAUUCAGGCUUUCUCAGUGCGGUGGUGGUGCAAGAACAAAUUAGGGACAUGGUACCGAUAUGAUACUAACGUGUGACUGCGUGUAUAGUCAACUAUAGCAGUUCUGUACGACUUUGUCCGUACACCGGUUCUUUUGCAACCGUUUGGACUAAAUGUUUAAUUUGUGCACCUGGUUUCCUUACCUAACCAGCCGGCUUGCUAUUCUGCUGGCUGCGAACCUACCAAGAUUACAGCUGUCCAUGGCCAACUAGACCCGUGAAUUGUAAGCAUACAAACCCGUAGCCCCUAACCCAACAUGCAUGCCCUAACCCACAUACAUCUCGCCCUCAGGUAGGGCAGCC